GGGUACGACGCUUCGCACUUUUGCGCGCAUUUUUAAUUAACACAGGUUGGUGGGAUAUUCACAUAAAAAGAGUUUUUUUUUUCUACGUAGCGUGAAAAAAUAUUUUUAAAUGAAAUCGUGUGAAGCAUUUUCCCUUCCAGCGAGCCAAUUCAUCUUUACAUCGAUGUAUAAAAUAAAUGGAAUAAAUGCUCCAUUCCCUUUUGCUUAAGCGGCUUGCACAAAAGAAGGACCAACAUAAAAGGCAAAACAUGGCGUGAUAAAGACCGCUACACAAAGAAUAUAUUUACGCAAACCAUAUUUUUUAGAUGCAUAAGCGCGUGUAAAACUUAUCUUUAUGCAAACGUUUAAUACAAUCCACACAGCCCCCACGUAUGCCACAAACGCUUGUGCUUGAAGACCCCCCGGAUGACUCGCAAAAAUGAAUUACCUUUUCGGAACCCGUCGAAACUUUAAUAUAUCUCGACUCAAAAACACAUUCAUAAGCCAUACAUACAAAGGGAACAAUGUGAAAGAGCACCAUUGUAAGAAAUUAUCCUUUAGCACAAAAAGUGGGGGGCAUAAUAAUGACAAUAAUAAUAGUAACAACACCUUAAAUUAUAAAUUUUCCAAAAAAGGAAAAGACGAAAAAGAGACAAAUUUUUUUUCAAAUCCAAAUUAUAAAGUAAUUAAUUCACAGCCAAAAAGAAAUUUAAGCGUUUUUGGAUAUAACAGAGGAAAACUGUUCGUGAGCAUCAAGAAGGACUUCACCAGUUUUGUUGUUAAUUCGUUAAUCAUCUUCGUCUUCCUUUAUUCCGUUUACACAUUAGCACCCAAUGAAACUGUCUCGCAAAGAAGAAAAAGAAUUAUCACAGAGAGAUUGAUGAAAGAGUAUGACAUUUCUGCGAGUGAUCUGGAAAUGAUUGAGCAACUGGACGAAGUAGCAGAAGAGUAA